AUGUCGUGGCAGCCACCGGGCAUUCCCUCCCUUUGCCGCAAAUAUGUCCUUCCUUUGAUUCUGGUGAGCAAUGCAGUUGUGAGCGGCCGCAUUGGCCCUGCAGCGAAAUCAACAUCGGGCUAUGUGCAAGGCCAGAGUAUCCCAAUCACAGAACCGUCUGGAAAACUCCAAUACAUUCCCUUUCCAAUCUGCAACGAGACCGCCGCCCCGCUCUCCUUUCGCUACGGCGUCUCCGAAACAACAACCUGCACCAUCAAUUCGCUCUCCGACUCUCUCUACCACCUGCUAGAAUACUACGUCCACUCUGACGUACCGCUAACAUGCCGAAUACCCACCUUCCCGCUAUCCUCGCUGCGCAAUCAAAACAAGAUCGCUGGAAGUAGCGGCGAAGAGAAACAUGGCGAUGCUGUGAAUAAUGGCCUGCCAUUCUCCUCCCAAACGCCUUUUACGCCUCUGACGAUUGCGCUGCAGGGGACACUGCAACUGUCCCACUUACAUAUCUGGACGGAGAUGAAUGUGCUCAUGCAUAAGACUGCGCAGUUAUCGCCUGGUUUUACAUCUGGCUGGAAGAAGUCAAAGAAAUCAAAGAAAAAUACGAAGAAGAAAGAGAAGGAGAGGAAAAGGGAUAAAAUACCACCCCCUCAAGGACAGAUUGUGGCCGGUUCGGCCUAUUCUGUGCCAUUGGUUCUUCCCGCUGCUGAUGAUGAGGAGGAUGACGUUGAUAGCGCAAAUGACAAGAAGACCAGGAAUAAGAAGGACGUGAUGGAUCCCUGGACUACAGAGGGAGGCACGAAGGUAAUUCGCGGCGAGCCGCUUGUCUUUACCUUUCGAGUUGGGUGGGUAUCUCACGGCGAUGUGCUGGAGUUGGUUAGUGCAGAAUCCUCAUCGUCUUCUCCUUCGUCGACUUCAGGAAUCGGAUUAUUCAUUCAAGUGAUGACUAUUUGCUUUUGGGUUGGGGUUGGAUUUGGGCUGGCAGUUGCUGUGGAGAAGGUUAGGCAGAGGAAGAGGGGUAGAUAUAAGGGGGACGGGAUUUUAGGGCAUAGACCGUUUUUUGGUGGCCUUGGUGCGGCAGGGGUUGGGGGAAGCGGGGUGAUUGGCUUUGGAGGGGAUAAGGGGAGGAUGAAUGGGUAUGGAUAUGUGUUAGGGUUGAAUGGUGGUGGCAAUGGCGGUGGAGGGGUAUAUGGGGAAUAUGGAGGAUAUGGUGUUGGGAAGAAUGACUGA